UCAUGCAGUCGCCUGAACCCCAGCUCUUAUUUGUCAGAACUGCAAGCAACAUAUAAUCCUCAGUAUCCACUUUUCCCUUUAGUCUGAGCUGUGGAAAACCAAAGGAGUACCAAAAUUGCACCAGGAAAAAGAGAGCUGCUGUUAUGUCUCAUCACCGCUUUUCACUUUGGGAGCUCUUCCUCCUCUUUUCCUUACUGGAACCCAGCUGUGCCUCUGAAAAUGACACAGUGGUGGUUACUAGCAGUGGCCCUAUUAAAGGCAAGCUGCUUUCGGUUGGCUCUGCCUCAGUGACUGCCUAUCUGGGCAUCCCCUAUGCAGAACCUCCACUGGGGAAAUUACGAUUCCAGAAGCCCCAGCCACAUCAGCCAUGGAGUGGUGUCUUGGAGGCUACCAGCUUUGGCAACUCAUGUCAACAAAUAAAAUCUGAAAAUUCUGGAAUUCCUCAUGCAGAUCUUUUGGAAGUGAAUACCCCCCUUUCAGAGGACUGUCUCUUUCUCAAUAUUUGGGUGCCCCAUCCACGACCCUCCACACCAGCUCCUGUCCUCAUUUGGAUCCAUGGUGGAGGAUUUAUUGUUGGCACAGCCUCACUGGAUGUAUACAAUGGAGCAGAUUUAGCGGCCACAGAGAAUAUUAUAGUGGCUUCUAUGAACUACCGCCUGGGGUUUUGGGGUUUUCUCUUUUUGCCACCAGCUGCCCCAGGAAAUGUGGGCUUAUGGGAUCAAUGGCUGGCUUUGAAAUGGAUGAAGGAAAAUGCAGCUGCCUUUGGUGGCGACCCAGCUCAGUUAACUCUCCUUGGCCAAAGUGCUGGAGCAGCCGCUGUGGGUUUCCAUCUCCUUUCACCAGCAAGCCAGCCCCUUUUUGCUCGGGCUGUGCUACAGAGUGGAGCUCCCAAUGCCCCCUGGGCUUGGAAGGAACCAGAUACGGCCCGAGAGAAUGCUGUGAAUGUGGGCCGCCUUUUGGGGUGUGCUCAGCAAAAUCACACUGCUGUGGUGAUCUGCUUACAAGAGACGGACAUUCAGGAGAGAGUGAUUCCGUACAUAACUCGUUCAUCUUCAUUGACAAUAGAUGGGGAAUUUCUCAAAGAUAAGCCACAAAAGCUUCUGGAGUCUGGAAUCUUUCAGAUGAAGCCAAUUCUUACUGGUGUCACCUCUGAUGAAGGGGCUCUCUAUGCGUUAAUUGUGUCUCUUUCUGCUCAAGGAAAUAACUGGACUCAGACCUGGGAGCAGUCUUUGAGCCUAAUAAAUGAAACAUUGUGGAGGCCAAUUGAAGGCAGUGCAGUCAAGGCUAUAGCACUGAAAUAUAGCAAAGAUCGCCAUGGAGCAGCAUGGAACCAGUCAACAUUGGCCCAUUAUUUUAGAGAUUAUUGGUUUGUAUGCCCGUUGUCUGAAUUUGCUGCACAGAUGGCAAAAUCUGGGAAUCCUGUCUAUAUUUACAUCUUCAACCACCGUGCUUUUCACUCUGCGUGGCCAAAGUGGGCUGGAGCACCCCAUGGAGCGGAGGUGCCCUACCUUUUUGGAACCCUAGCAUUACUGGGAACCAACCAAUCAUAUCCAGAAUCCGAGGAUGCUCUGAGCCGCAAGGUGAUGCACUACUGGGCAGAAUUUGCCAGAAGUGGGAAACCCACCGGGUCCACCCCUGAUGAGGUGCAAUGGCCACUCUACAAUGCUGCGGAUCAGAACUUUUUCUACAUCAACACAGAGGUGCCCAGCCUUAAGCGUCUGUCACCUCCUCAGCACUGUGAUUUCCUAGCAGAACAAUUUCAUACAAGACACACAAACAAGUCCUAAAACAAGCCUUGUUUCAUCUGGCAUUGGCAAGGAGGACAAUGGAAAGAAACCACGGAUUAACGUUGAUUCCCAGUGUCAUGCCCACCAAUGUCUUUCAUGAUGCUGACUUCUUUUUUGCUCUGAAGUAUCUCUUACCUAAAGCAAAGAGCCAAUCAAGGCUUUUCUCCGUCUCAUUGAAACAUAGGGUUGCCAGGUUCCCUUACCUCCUGUUGGGAGGGCAGAGAGCUGGCACUCACCUUUGAGGAUGUCUUCCCGGUGUGGUGCUUUGAUGUCACUCCUGGGAAGUGAUGUCAUCAUGCAGGGUCUGGGAGCACUCCUACAUUUCACAAUGGGCUGAUUUGGGCCCCAAAUGGGCCUGAUUCAGCCCAUUUGGGGUCCAAAUCGGCCCGCUGCAAAGUGUGGAAGCACUCCCAGGGAGGUGUGACAAUGUCAUUCCUGGGUAGGGUUGCCAGGUCCCCUUACCCUCCUGGCGGGAGGAUGGGUACCUGAUACUCAUCUUCUCUUUGUCCCUCACACGCGCAUGAUCCUGUGCCAGUGUGAUGACAUCACUUCUGGUGAUGGCACUUCCGGGUGACAUAAUCACACAGAAACAGAAGCAUGAGUGUGUGUCGCAGGGGGCUGAUUUGGGCCUCAAACAGGUCCAAUUUUGCCUGUUUGGGGGCCAAACCUGCUCACUGCAAAGCGGCACGAUGACAUCACUCCUGGGGAGUGAUAGCAUCGCGCCACCCCAAGAGCACACCCGGGAAGCCAGUUCUCCCUCCUUUUCCCCCGCCUGCCAGGUCCCCUUACCCUCCUGGCGGGAGGAUGGGUACCUGAUGGGAGGGGGCAGAGGGUGGGAGCAGGGAUCUCCCACCCCCAUGGGGAGCCUGGGAUCUCUUUGAAGCAGAAUGUACUUCAGUAGUGUCAAAAGCCAUCAUCUUUCUGUCUGAAGGGACCACUCAUUUAGCUGCCUCCCCCAUAGCAAGAGGGCAGGUGUUCCCAAUGGGUAAGCACAAAGAUCAUUCUUUCUUUUGGAAGGAGGGAGGCAGGGAGGAAGGAAGGCGGGAAGGAAAGGCACCUGUAUGCACUGUGAGAUAAAUUUUGAUUGAGGAAAGAAAAAGUAUUCAGAUAGGAACAGAAUGAGGUUAAAGCUAAAAGGGCCAAAGCUAAAAAGAGCAGAACAAACACCAGCUAGACCGGAAUUACAGAACUCUGCCAUGCUUUCUCCACACCAUGUGUACAAUUGUAAUGCUUUCUCAUAUAUUAACAUUACUACUACUAAUAAAAAGAAAAUCUAUCUAUGAA